UUCUCUCGCUCCCUCUGGUUGCUCAUUAUUCAGAGAGAGACACACAGAAGGUUGAGAGCGAGAGAGAGAGAGAGCGAGAGAGCGAACGAGAGAGAGAGAGAGAGACGGAUAUCUCAGGUCAUCUGCAGCUGCAGCAAACCAGUAAGGGGGAGAGAGAGAGAGAGAGAGAGAGAGAGAGGGAGAGGGGGGAAAAAAAAGCAGGGAAAAAGAUGGCGAUUCUCCAUUGCUGAGACCUGGCAAGGAGCACAUGAGUCUAGCAAAAACAACUUCCACAACAAUUGCAAGCAGGAGAAGGAGAGAAAGGAGACCCGUGGAAAGCGACCAACGCCAGCGCCAGGACCUUCCCACUGUUUUCCUAAUGUAAAGCUUAGCAACAAAGAUCAUGGAGGUGCUGCAGUGUGACGGCUGUGAUUUUCGAGCGCCUUCCUAUGAAGACCUUAAAGCUCACAUCCAGGAUGUUCAUACUGCAUUUCUGCAGCCCACGGAUGUUGCUGAAGAAACUCCUAGCCCAUCGAGAUUCGGUUCCAUGAGCAGUGACCAGGCUGAGGUGGAGUAUUCUUUGGUAAAAGAUGAAUUUGCAGUAGCAGAUGGGAUGGCAGGGCAAAAUGCAGCUCAGCUGGGAACUGGCAAUUACUACAGCCAUAGCCAGAGUUAUUAUGGCCAACAUAUGCUCUCCAAAUCAGCAAGCAAGUUUUUCCAGUGUAAAUACUGUGUACGUUAUUUCCGAUCCAAAAACCUUCUCAUAGAACAUACCCGGAAAGUCCAUGGUGCUCAGACUGGAAGCUCCCCAACUGGAUCCACAAGUGCUGGUUCCUUAAACUACAACAUCAUGAUGCAUGAGGGCUUUGGGAAGGUAUUUUCGUGCCAGUUCUGCACCUACAAAUCUCCAAGACGUGCACGGAUUAUAAAACAUCAGAAGAUGUACCACAAAAACAGCCUGAAGGAAAGCUCAACCCCUCCUGCUUCUUCAGCUACUAUAUCUGAAUCAACUUCUACAUCUGUCUCGAUGCAGGAUUCGUGCAAGGAGCUUCCAGCUGAAGUUGUUGAGCGUAGUAUUUUGGAGUCUAUGGUCAAGCCUUUAACCAAAUCAAGAGGCAACUUCUGCUGUGAAUGGUGUACCUACCAGACGCCCCGAAGGGAACGUUGGUGUGAUCAUAUGAUGAAGAAGCACCGAAGCAUGGUGAAAAUACUAUCCAACCUGAGGCAGCAACAGGAUGGGACCAACAUGUCAGAUGUAAACAAAAGUCCGCCAAGUCCUCCCCCAAACUCUAACUAUAUACCCAUGAAUGCUUCUGGGCGAGAGAUGCCCAACGCAACUGUCCCAAACUACAGGAGUUCGGUAAACAACUCUCUUAUCAGGUCCAAUGCUUCUUCAAAAUUUUCCUCCGCUUCCUACCCUCAGAUGAAACAUAAGGUUUCUCACAACUCGGGUCUUGUUAAUUUGUCUGACCGAUCUCGUUAUGGGGUUGGUGACAUGGCAAAUUCUACUGAUCUCGAUACCAACAGCAUGCUGAAUGACUCCAGUUCAGAUGAUGAGCUCAAUGAAUUAGACAGCGAGAAUGGGUUGAACUCUAUGGAUCACCAAAGCUCAGGACUAACUGCCGAGCAGCUGAUGGGAUCUGAGGGCCACAAGUUAUUGGAAACCAAGGGGAUCCCCUUUAGAAGGUUUAUGAAUAGGUUCCAGUGUCCUUUCUGCCCUUUCCUUACCAUGCAUCGGCGAAGCAUUUCUCGCCACAUUGAAAACAUCCACCUCUCUGGAAAGACGGCCGUGUACAAAUGUGACGAAUGUCCUUUCACCUGCAAGAGCUCUUUCAAGCUUGGUGCUCACAAGCAGUGUCAUACUGGCGCAGCUUCGGACUGGGACGCCGUGAAUUCCCAAACUGAAAGUAUAGCUUCUUCUUUAAACGAAAGUACAGUAUCCUACGAAGGGGGAAAUAUAAACGGCAGGAAAUCCGGGGGGAUCAUGGAUUCCAUGCAGCAGCAGCAGCAACAGUCUCCGCAGUCCAAUUCGCAUCAUCCGUAUAAAUGCACCAUGUGCAAUUAUUCCACCACAACUUUGAAAGGCCUUCGGGUUCAUCAGCAGCACAAGCACUCGUUUUGUGAUAACUUGCCAAAAUACGAGAGCCCAUCAGCAAAUACCCUGCAAGACAGCGAGCCCGAUGCUCAUGCUUCUCCCAGCACUGUGAAGAAAAGCCAGACCUCAAUUCUUGGACUAUCUUCUAAAAACAACUUUGUAGCAAAAGCCUCUAGGAAGAUGUCCAAUGACUUUCCCUUAGAUCUGUCCCCAGUCAAGAAAAGAACCAGAAUUGAUGAGAUUGCCAGUAACUUGCAAAGCAAAAUCAAUCAGAACAAGCAGCAGGAAGAUGCCGUCAUUAAUGUGGAGGAUGAUGAAGAGGAAGAGGAUGACAAUGAAGUGGAAAUAGAAGUAGAACUGGACAAGGAAGAAGAACAAACAGAACCACUGAUGGAAAUAGCAGCAUUUGCUUCCCAGCAAAUAUGGGGAAGAGACCCAGGUGAUCCUCAGAAAGAGCCCAACUACAGGAAUAUCCCUCACGAUUACAGCUCCACCAAUGGGGCAGAAAUUGAGCUAACUAUAUCUGAGGAUGAGGAAGAAUAUUAUUGUUCUUCGGUGGGUUUGAAGGAUCCAGGACUAAAUUCAUCUAUUCUAGGCAGCCAGGCAAGCCUAUAUGGAUCUGAUCAAAACAACGAAAAUUCAGAUUUUGGUGAUUCUGGAAGGCUUUACUAUUGUAAACACUGUGAUUUCAGCAACAAAUCUGCCAGGAGUGUUAGCACUCACUACCAACGGAUGCAUCCCUACAUUAAAUUCAGCUUUAGGUAUAUUCUUGAUCCCAACGACCACAGUGCAGUGUAUAGGUGUCUUGAAUGUUACAUUGAUUAUACAAACUUUGAAGAUCUGCAACAGCAUUAUGGUGAGCAUCACCCGGAAGCCAUGAAUGUAUUAAAUUUUGAUCAUUCCGAUUUGAUCUAUCGCUGUCGCUUCUGCUCUUACACCAGUCCCAAUGUUAGGAGCCUGAUGCCGCACUACCAAAGAAUGCAUCCAACCGUUAAAAUUAACAAUGCCAUGAUAUUCUCAAGUUAUGUAGUGGAGCAACAAGAAGGGUUAAGCUCAGAAUCUCAAACACUGAGAGAGAUACUGAACUCUGCUCCAAAAAACCUGUCCACUUCGACCCCAGUUGCACGUGGGACUUGUGGCAUACCUGCUGCUUUUAACAAAAGUUCUUCAAAGGGCAAUAGCCCUGAAUCUGAAAGCCAAAAAGAGUCAACAGUCAACAGUGUUGUAGUUUAUGACUGUGAUGUCUGCUCUUUUGCAAGUCCCAACAUGCAUUCCGUCUUAGUGCAUUACCAGAAGAAACAUCCCGAUGAGAAGGCUUCGUAUUUUAGGAUUCAAAAAACGAUGCGUGUGGUGUCAGUAGAGAGGGGUUCUGCCCUGGCUCAGAUGGCUUAUGAACUAGGGUCACCUGGCUCUCCCAAAAUGUCACCGUUACCACCUCCACCACCUCCAGACCUUACCACGGAGCUUUACUACUGCAAACAUUGCUCUUACAGCAACCGGUCAGUGGUUGGGGUACUAGUACACUACCAGAAAAGGCACCCAGAGAUAAAAGUGACUGCCAAAUACAUUAGGCAGGCACCCCCAACUGCAGCGAUGAUGAGAGCUGGAGAGAUACCUCCUGGUGUUCGUAGACCUACAGUUUCUAUGCAGCACCUGAAUAGGGAUAACUCUGAUGGUGCUGUAGCUCCAGCGGAGAACGAGAUGUUCUUCUGCCAACACUGUGAUUAUGGAAACCGGACUGUAAAAGGGGUCCUUAUUCAUUAUCAAAAGAAGCAUCGUGAUUUCAAAGCCAAUGCAGAUGUGAUUAGGCAACACACAGCCACCAUCAGGAGCCUCUGUGACCGGGGUCAGAAAAAUUCCCCUGGUGGCUUACAAAUUUCUACUUCUGGUUCCGAGCAGGAAAGGGCUAAGUUAAGAGCUCUCAAAUGCAGGCAGUGCUCUUAUACAUCUCCUUAUUUCUACGCACUGCGGAAGCACAUUAAAAAGGACCAUCCAAGCUUGAAGGCUACUGUCACAUCUAUUUUGAGGUGGGCCUUUUUGGAUGGUUUAAUAGAAGCUGGAUAUCACUGUGAAUGGUGUAUCUAUUCUCAUGCGGAACCCAGUGGCCUGCUUGUGCAUUACCAAAGGCGACAUCCUGAACAUUACGUUGAUUACACAUAUAUGGCAACAAAACUCUGGGCAGGGCCAGAUCCUUCACCUCCAGCCUUACUAAUACCAUCAGAAAUGAAAAUAUAUAGAUGCAGAGACUGUAUUUUUGAAGCCUCUUCCAUUUGGGAUAUCACUAAUCACUACCAAGCUUUUCACCCUUGGGCUAUGAAUGGAGAUGAAUCGGUGUUACUAGAUAUUAUCAAGGAAAAAGAUGAUGUUGAUAAAAUGAACCCAGUAUCUGAUGGUAUUGGUGCCAGAAUAAUUUCAGAGGAUCAUUUAGCAUUGCCACACGGGGACCCAGAUACUGAAUAUGCAGAAGAGUCAAACCUUUCCCAAGAUAAAGCUCUUCAGCUCACCUCUGUGAACCCUGCAAUAUCCUCUACACCGUACCAGUGUACAGUGUGCCAAUCUGAAUAUAACAAUUUGCAUGGACUUCUCACCCAUUAUGGAAAAAAACAUCCUGGGAUGAAAGUUAAAGCUGCAGAUUUUGCACAAGACAUUGAUAUUAAUCCAGGAGCGGUGUACAAAUGUAGGCAUUGCCCUUACAUUAACACACGCAUUCAUGGCGUUCUUACACAUUACCAGAAGAGACAUCCUUCCGUGAAGGUCACGGCAGAAGAUUUUGUGCAUGAUGUGGAGCAACCUGCUGAUAUGAGCCAGAAUGACGUGGAGGAAACCAGCAGAAUUUUCAAGCAAGGGUAUGGUGCUUACAGGUGUAAAUUGUGCCCCUACACGCAUGGCACUUUGGAGAAGCUCAAAAUUCAUUAUGAGAAAUACCAUAACCAGCCUGAAUUUGAUGUAUUUGCACAGUCUCCUCCAAAAUUCCCUGCCUCCAUGGAACCCGAAGUUCUCACUGAAAUUAAGCCCUCCCCUGAGAUGACUCCAGAAGAUCUCCUAGGAGACGAUUCACUACCAUCUUCCCACUUCUCCAGUUCUCAUUUGGUUUCUCAUACUGUGUUCCGCUGCCAGCUUUGUAAGUAUUUUUGCUCUACCCGGAAAGGGAUAGCCAGGCACUACCGAAUAAAACACAACAACGUUCGGGCACAGCCAGAAGGCAAGAACAACCUGUUUAAAUGUGCCUUGUGUUCCUACACAAACCCUAUUCGUAAAGGCCUGGCUGCACAUUACCAGAAGCGACACGACAUUGAUGCUUACUACACGCAUUGUUUAGCAGCCUCAAGGACUAUAAGCGACAAACCCAACAAAGUGAUCAUCCCCUCACCCCCCAAGGAGGACUCUCCUCAGCUAAGUGAGGAACUGAGAAGGGCGGUGGAGAAGAAGAAAUGUUCCCUCUGCUCCUUCCAGUCCUUCAGCAAAAAAGGCAUAGUCUCCCACUACAUGAAACGCCAUCCCGGAGUAUUCCCCAAGAAACAGCACGCCAGCAAGCUUGGGGGUUAUUUCACUGCUGUGUACGCGGACGAGUAUGAAAAGCAGCAACCUCCCCCAGAAGAGAGGAAUGAUUUUGAGAAGCCCGAAUUGGAGGUGGAAGCUCCAGAGAUGGAGUGGCUUCCAUUCCGGUGCGUCAAAUGCUUUAAGCUCUCCUUCAGCACGGCCGAGCUGCUCUGCAUGCAUUACACUGACCACCACAGCAAGGACCUGAAGAGGGAUUUUACCAUCCUGGGAACUGGGGCUCGUUUCCAGUGCAGGCACUGUGACAGUAAGCUGCAAAGCCUGGCGGAGCUGACCACGCACUUGAACGGCCACAAUGAGGAAUUCCAGAAACGAGCCAAACGCCAAGAGAGGAGGAAGCAGCUUCUGAGCAAGCAGAAAUAUGCGGAUGGUGCUUUUGUAGAUUUCAAAGCAGAGAGGCCUUUUGGCAGCUUGGAAGAAGUUUCGAAAUUGAAAGAGAGGAAGGUGGUAGGAUACAAAUGUAAGUUCUGUGUCGAAGUUCAUCCCACUCUUCGCGCCAUCUGCAAUCAUCUUCGUAAACAUGUCCAGUAUGGGAAUGGUUCCUCAGUCUCUACCGGAGUCAAGCAGGAAGCUGAAGAACCUUCACAUGCAGCUUUCUUGGAGGGUAUUGAGGGAGCCAAAGACCAUAUGGCCACUAUGGAACUUGCUGAAGCUGAAUCUGGACCAUCACUGGAAGAUGAAACCAGACCUGGUGGCUACCAUUGCAGCCAGUGUGAUCGGGUUUUGAUGUCUAUGCAGGGUCUACGAUCGCACGAGAGGAGUCACUUGGCCCUGGCCAUGUUUACUCGCGAAGACAAGUACAGCUGCCAGUACUGUUCCUUUGUUUCUGCAUUCAGGCACAACCCUUCAGGAGACUCAUAUCCACUCUUCUGGCAGAGCUUGGAUCGCCAUAUGCAAGCACACCACGGUCAUCACAAACCAUUCCGCUGCAAACUCUGCCCUUUCAAGUCCUCCUAUAAUAGCCGGCUGAAAACCCACCUUCUCAAAGUCCAUGCUGGUGAACAUGCGUACAAAUGUUCCUCCUGUUCAUUUUCCACCAUGACAAUCAGCCAGCUAAAAGAGCACUCCCUGAAAGUGCAUGGGAAGGCAUUGACACUACCAAGACCACGAAUUAUCAGCCUUGUAACCUCGCAUGCUCAACAUGCCUCCAAGAACCACACUACUGCUGAAGAAGUGGAAGACUCAAAUGAUGCUUACUCAUCAGUCUUGGGGAGCUGGGGGGAAUGUUGGAACCCCAUCUUGAUGCAUGUGCAGAGGGCCAGGCUUCCUUCCAAAAGUCUUUGCUGUAGAAGAAGAAUCACAGUUAGAGAUUCUUCCUAUUCAGAACCUCCAGAUGUCCAGCAACAACUGAACCACUAUCAGUCCGCAGCUUUGGCAAGGAAUAAUAACAACAUUAGCCCUGUCCCACUUUCUGGAGGAGACCAGAAAGCCGAAGUCAUCCUUAACUGUGAAUUUUGUGAAUUCACUUCGGGUUACAUACAGAGCAUUCGCCGUCAUUAUCGUGACAAACAUGGAGGGAAGAAGUUGUUCAAGUGCAAAGACUGUUCAUUUUACACGGGCUUUAAAUCUGCUUUUACUAUGCAUGUGGAAGCUGGGCAUUCAGCAGUUCCAGAGGAAGGACCCAAAGAUCUCCGUUGUCCUCUUUGUCUCUACCACACCAAAUACAAACGGAACAUGAUCGACCAUAUUGUCCUUCAUAGAGAAGAGCGAGUGGUUCCCAUAGAAGUUUGCCGUUCCAAGCUGUCCAAAUAUUUGCAGGGAGUCGUUUUCCGCUGUGACAAGUGCACCUUCACCUGUUCUAGCGAUGAGAGUCUACAGCAACACAUAGAGAAGCACAAUGAGCUGAGACCUUACAAAUGCCAACUCUGCUACUACGAGACCAAGCACACAGAUGAACUCGAUGCUCACCUUCGCGAUGAGCAUAAGGUGAGUCGCAAUUUUGAGCUGGUUGGACGGGUUAACUUAGAUCAGUUGGAGCAAAUGAAAGGAAAAGAGGAGAGCUCCAGCAGUGAUGAGGAAGAAAAGGAUGAGGAGAUGAGCCCCGAGACAGAAGAGAGAGGGGACAUGAGGUUUUCAGAAAAUGGUCCUCCUGAAAAACGCUUCCCCUGUGAAUUUUGCGGGCGAACAUUUGCUGAAGGCUCUGAAUGGGAACGGCAUGUACUAAGACAUGGCAUGGCAAUGAAUGAAACCAACCGGGUCAUCAGUGACGAAAGCCAGGCCAAAGAGAAUGCAGAAGAGACGGUUAAGGUACCAUUGGCAGAAGAAAUGGAAAGCAGCCCAAAGAGACUGGUGGACUUUUCCCACAAGAACGAAGCUGCCAUCUGUGUCACUGCUGCUGCUGCUACUGCUGCUGCUGAUAAUAAAUCACUCCCAGAGAUGGCAGAGGUCAAAAGUGAAUGAGCACCUGGUGUGAUUUCCGACAACCUACUUGAACAGUGAUGAAUGGGGAGGGGGCGGGCAGGGGGACAAGGAAGAAUCAAAGCUGCUUUUAGGACUGAAUGAUCUAUUUUCAAAGCACUGGUACUUGUGUGUGUGUGUGUGUGUGUGUGUGUGUGCGGGCAUGUGUGAGUGCGUGGGCGUGCGUGUACAUAGAUUAAAUUUAUUUAAUUGAGGACGGUGGGAUCCGUGGCUCCAUGAUACCCGCACGACUCUUCUGGAUCUCGACAAUGGGAAGUUACACGGUCAUAACUUUGGACUUGCGAGAAUCAAAUUCCCAGACGCGUCUUGCAUUUUUGCCUUUGUGCUCCACCACUGGAGACUUCGGGAUCCUUUUGACGAUGGAGGCGUCCCAAGGAUGGAAGAAUGCAGGGGACAAAGUUCCGUGCCCAACUUUGGGGCACUCUUUUUUUUUUUUUCUAGUUUUAAUAUACAUAUUACGCUUUUCCAGAGUGACAAAAAAAAAAAAACAAGAAAAAAAAAGAAAGUUAAAAGACUGCUUUGGCUUAAAACAGUCACCUGUUUCCUAGUACCUCAGAAUUAACCAAGGGAAAUUAAAAACAAAAACGAAAAAAAAAAAAACACAAAACAAAUCUCUGCAUUUGUGAGUACUACCUGUUGUCGUUGUGGUUAAAUAUAUAUAGAAAGACAGACUGCUGGGCAAGAUGGUGAAUGGAAGAAAAACCACAAAGUUUUAAAAGAAAGAGAAGAAAAAAAAAACAAAAAACAAAGUUGUGCUCAAAAAUCCCUGUGGGGGGUUUAUUUCUUAAAAUACUGUGAUUUUUUUAAUUAUUUUAGUAAAAAAACAAAACAAAAAAGAGAGAAUUCCUAGAUACCUGUCUGUGACUUGUCAUCUUUUAUUCCAGGUAAGCUGUUUGUUAGCGUUCAGCUAUGAUUUUAGGGCGUUGGGUUUGUUGGUUGGUUGGGUUUAUUUUUUAUUUUCUUUUUUAAGACUCAUGUGAUUGACUCUGUGCCGUUCUUGUUUGCCCCAUGUCUACGUCGGCUCAGCCUGAGGGAUUACAAUACAGCACAAUUAAUUUUUUUUCCAUGUAAAAGUAAUGUUAUUUCCCCCGCAUUUCUCCUUUGCCCUCACCCAAUGUGAUAGGGCUGGGAAGGAGAAGUAGUUCUUGUGAAUAGGUGAUGACGAUGAUGAUUAUUUAGUUUUAAACAUGUGGCGAUAUCAAAGAAGUAACUUUUUUAAAGAAACUCAAAAACAAAAAAACCCUUUUAACUAAAGAACCAAACUUACAGCACAGCUAUGCAGGUUGUGGACUCAUCCAAGUGUCCUAAGAAUCAUUCUGUUGCUCGUCCAAUUGAACAUCUUUCACUGAUUAUUAUUUUGGUUACUUAAGAAUGGUUGCCUUUUUUUUUUUUAAUGUGGUGUGUCUCGUUUUGGUACAAGGAGGGUCGGAGGGGGAGGGAAUUGAUAACCACAUAUAGUUCUAAAGUUCAGGUAACCCGGUUUUGCAAUAUUAGGAGCCUAGAGAUCUACAUUUUGUGGACUUCAAGGAGGGAGACAAAUCAUCGCGCCACCUCGCAUUCUUCACAUGAGAGGGAACAGCAGAGCCUAAAUAGGAACAGAAGUUGUGUUUUGAGUUCCUUUUUCCAUGUAAAAAUGUUGGGAUAUCUUGCAUGAACCUGAAGCAGAAGGUCCGGGCCCAGGGAAGAAUGGUCUGAUAGAGAACAAACGGGAUUACUUUCCAAAAGUAGAAAGUACUUGAGUGAAAUCUAGUUUUAGAAAUGCAUGUGUCUCUUUGGGUUGCUUUACUUUCUUUCUUUCUUUUUUCCUUUCCUUUCUUUUUUUCCUUUUUCCUUUUCCUUUUUAUUAUUUCUUUUAACUUUGAGGGGAAGGGAAGGGAUGGGAUGGGAGAUAGGAAGCUGCGGAGAAGCCGAUAUCCACACAGAAAUUCUCAAAUUGAUGGCUAAAACAGGUGAAAAGAAAAAACGACUACCAUUGCAUUUGUGGAGGAAAUGCUACUUGAAAAAGCAUGUUUUGAAUUUUGCAGAUUCUUAGUUUGUGAGGGUGGGCUUUCAGGUUUUUUGUUUUUUUUUUAAUUAUUUGGUGGGGAGGGAAAGUCAUGUGGCAAACACAUUGGAAGGAGAAGUAUAAAUAAACAUUUUGUGUCUGAAUGUUUUCUUUUUAAUUGGCCUCAUAUCAAAUGUAUUUAAACAGUUCCAUACCUGGAUUGGAUGUUUGUAAUGGUUACCAAAAAUGAAAAAGAAAAAAAAAAGAAAUGAUUGUGACAUGCUUUUAUCACUACUUUAUUUUUCGAAUAACAUGUAAAUAUUGUAAUCCAUUGGAUUUUUGUUUUGUUUUGUUUUUGGUUUUUUGGUUUAUUUUUAUUUUAUUUUAUUUUUUUGCUAACCUGUUAAUAAAUAUAUGGGACCAUUAUCCUUUUUAACAAGUCUAGAAUGUCAUAUUUUUUCUUGUGUUUUGUUCCCUCCCAAAUGUACCCUUUGAUAUAUUGUGGACACACAUUUUAGAUGCAUUAUUACGAUUCUGUUGGCUGUAAUGAUGACCUAGGAUUGAGAGUAACAUCCUUUUUUUUAUUUGUUUAAUUUAUACAGAGGACUUUUUUCAGAGUUUGAGAGAAGGAAAUAAAUAGCAAAAUGAUAACC